AUGGUUGGCUGUGCAACUCUGAAAUCAAGCCUACUGACUCUGGAUACUAGGGGUUUGACACGGGAAUCGCUACCACAAGUAAGUUGUCGACUUGGUGGUCUACAUAGGAAGCCUGAACUCAUACAUCGCACAGCAAUCGCCCAUGAUAGCUGGAUUGAGUACAUGAACAACCCUUCAGAGGGCUUGACGGGCGCGGUACGUAUACUUCAACUGGCCAACCGAACUUGGGCUGACCGCAAGCAGGUCGUUGCCGUUUAUAUCGCCGGUGAAGCAGUGGGCGCCCUCUUCCAAACCGCGGUCGCCGAUAAAUUAGGGCGUCUACGUUUCAUGGAACUGAUGUGCGUGAUCGUCACAAUUGGAACCACAAUCCAGACAGCUUCAGUCAACAUCGGGAUGUUUCUCGCUGGGCGUGCUUUGGCCGGAAUUGCAGUUGGCGGCAUGGUUGGCACCGUUCCCAUCUACCUGAGCGAGAUAUCGGACCCUCGGUAUCGCGGCCUCAUCGGAGGAAUCUCAGGUUGCGGUAUCGCUUUCGGAACCAUGGCUUCAAAUUGGGUCGGAUAUGCUUGUAGCUGGGCUCCGUAUGGGGCUGUACAAUGGCGCCUUCCCCUUGCCAUCCAAAUACCCUGGGGCAUCAUUAUGUUCAUCGGCUUGGUUACCUUCAUGCCCAAUUCACCGCGCUACCUGGUUCGAAACGGAAAGGUGGAGGCUGCGCGCAAUGAAUUCAGCCGAAUCCGCCGCGAUCUCAACUCGCACGAGCUGCGCCAGGAAUUUUCCCAGAUGCUGGCACAGAUCGAGUAUGAGAAGGAGCGAGAGAUCACCUCUUACAAGGAGAUUUUCAGGCUCUUCAGACACCGUGCUUUGGUAUCAAUUGCUGUGCAGACCAUGACCAGUCUUACUGGUGUCAACGUGAUUCAGUACUACCAAACCAUCCUAUACAAGUC